AUGGUUAUUCGUGGUCGGGGCCCCCAAACAACGAACGCCUUAUUGUCGGUACUGACAGAGAUUGAGGAAUCAACGAGACACCAGGUAUUCACCAGUCAUCAGAAAACGGUCCACAUCAACCAGCAUGGAACCAUGAUGACCAGUCACUAUCAAGACCGUGAGUGGGCGAUGAAAGAAAAUCACGAAGCAAGUAUUCAUUCCCCUGGUAUUGUUUGGAAAAACGCCUCAGGUGUAUUCCUCGUGUUCCCACAUCUUGCUACCCCCAUCAAUCUUAGAAAUUAUAGGAUAUCCAAAUACGGAGUUGUCCUUGACUAUUCUUAA